CGCAAUUCGCAGAUAAGGAAUAUAUAUCUGCCUUGAAAUGCGCGCUAACAAUUCACCGUAAACCCUACCACUCUCACCUUUACGAUUCUACGUCGUUUUCUCAAUCUCAGAGAUAGAGACCCAGAGAGAGUUCAUCUAUGGCAGUUGCUUCCUGCCCACCACGUCCAAUACUACCUCGUUUUGGUUAUAAGGAAUCGAGGUUCGUCGCAGCACCGUCUUUAUUGCCGCAGUCAUGCGCUGGUAAAGGGCUUUAUACAGUGUGCUCUCCACCUAAACAGGCGGUUUUAGGAGUUUCAACUAACUCUCCUCGAAAUGGCUAUUUAUGCUUUCCAAGGAAAAAUCUUGGGGGAUCGUGGCACUAUUUUAAGCCCAUAGAGGGUUUAAACAGACUGUCUUAUGAUAAUAUAUUGCACAACCCAAAUAAAUUGUCCAGAUACAUAGUUGCUAGAUCUGAACUUGCUGGAACUGGGAACCCUGAUGCUUGGCACCCAUUAUCAGAAUAUAAGUUAAGCUCAAGAGUUAGAGGAAUAUGCUUUUAUGCUGUCACUGCUGUCAAUGCCAUCUUUCUGUUUGUGCUGAUGUUGGUGGCACAUCCAUUUGUUCUCUUAUUUGAUCGAUACCGAAGAAGAUUUCAUCAUUUCAUUGCCAAAACUUGGGCAACUUUUACAGUCACUCCAUUUGUCAAGAUCAAGUAUGAGGGAUUGGAGAAUCUGCCUCCUCCUGAUAUUCCUGCUGUAUAUGUUUCCAACCACCAGAGCUUUUUAGACAUCUAUUGUCUUCUCACUCUUGGAAGAAGCUUUAAGCUCAUCAGCAAGACUUCAAUAUUCCUCUAUCCCAUUAUUGGGUGGGCCAUGUUUAUGAUGGGUGUCAUCCCUUUGAAGCGCAUGGAUGUUAGAAGCCAGUUGGACUGUCUUAAGCGAUGCAUGGAUCUUACAGUGAAGGGGGCCUCUGUCUUUUUCUUCCCAGAGGGAACAAGGAGUAAAGAUGGAAAAUUAGGUGCUUUUAAGAAAGGUGCAUUCAGUGUUGCAGCAAAAACCAAAGUACCAGUAGUACCUAUUACCCUUAUGGGAACUGGGAAAAUCAUGCCUUCAGGAAUGGAGGGGAUCUUGAAUGUAGGUUCUGUAAAAGUUGUUAUUCAUAAGUCUAUAGAAGGAAGUGAUGCAGAAGUGCUAUGCAAUGAGGCUAGAAACACAAUUGCAGAUGAGCUCAAUCGUCAAUGACCAGAUAUUUACUGCAACAAAUUCUGUUUGAUUUCAAUGGCUCAAUACUUAACCCUUCAACGUGGAAGAAAUAUAAACUGGAAGGUAUACAAUACUACAUAUAUUCUUAUUCUCAAGACACUAUUGCUUUCACACCGCUGGCAAAUUCAACUGUUUUCGCACACAGCUUGAACCUUGUUCAAUCAAUAAACACACGGAUCUCACAAGCAAAUGGCAGCAUAAGACUCAUGGAGCCCCAUGAGGAACUUCACCGUAUGCUGCUGAUAGCAUUGCUACUGGAUCAUCUCUUUCAUUGCUCCACAAGAAACAGUGACUUGCUUUUUUGUUGACCAACAAAUAGAAUUAGCUCCAAGGAAUGUGCAAUGGCCCAUAGUGGAGCAUCUUGUAUCAGGACACCCAGCCAAGUUGGAAUCAACUGAACCUGUUAAAGUAGAAGAUGAUGUUGAGACCUUGAUGUACUGUCUUCUCAGAUUGGUUGCCUCACUGCCACAUGAAGCUGAAACCAAUAUAUUUUGACUCAUUCCAUUAGCAGUGUAUUAAUGGCCGUUUUACGUGAAAAAUGAACAAGUAAUAUAUAUACAUCUUUUGUUAGACUCAUUCAAGAGCUAACCCACCAACUAUUCCUCAGAUGAGUUGUUGCUCUUGCACCUAUCGGAACCAGUUUUCUGUCGUCCCAUGUGGUUCAGUUUGCAAGCAGCAUUUUAAUGGUUAUUGUGUAAAGCUGUGAUCGAACCGAGUAUUGAAUGUUCAAAUUUGGUUUAUUUAAUUUUAUAUCGAACACGAGCUAAGUUCGAACUUAUCACCGAGCUUGAUGCUCUAUUUAAGUUUGGCUCAUUUAUUUUUUGAAUGAA